AUGGGGAUUCUCGACUACAUCCAGUACGGUCUGGGCCGGGCCCUGUACCCAGUCCGCGGCCAUGAUUCGCGUCAGAUCAUCCAUCAUCCGGCUUUCAAAGACGUUUCGGCUCCAAACAUGCUGAUCGAGGCUCCUGAGUGUGGCCCGUCCGGAUCUAUGAUGCUGCCCAAGCACUCCGGUCGCGGUGAAGACCUCCUGCCCGAGUUACGCUGGAUGCCGCCUGAAUCCAACGAGCCCGUGAAGGAGUAUGUGCUGAUCUGCGAAGACAUCGAUAUCCCCUUACCGCUUGUCAUACACCACGGGCUUUUCUGGGCCAUUCCUCCCUCUGUGACCUCUGCGGUUCCGGCCAACGUCGCGGCCAAACCUGAUGUCGCCAACCAGCGCCGGACCGAUGCCGGCUGGCGAUUCAUUCCAAACCCCAUGGGAACCUCGUACGGUGGCCCAGCUCCUCCUUUCGGCCACGGUCCUCAUCGCUACGUUUUUACCAUCAUCGCACUCAAUGACACUCUGCAGUUCUCUGAGCCUGAGAAGGCCAGCAAGGAUGACAUUAAGAACGCAAUGGUCGGCAAGGUCAUCGGUUGGGGCCAGUGGAUCGGCGUUUUCGAACGCAUCUGGGGAGCAUGA